AUGGGCAAAGUUAUAAGUGGUAGAGUUUUUAAUGGCUCCUUUCUGCUUUUUGUAUUCGCUUAUAGCUGCCGCGCAAAGGACUUGUAUUCUUUUAACGCGUACAGGGUCUCCUGUGACCAAGUCAGUCCUAAAUUGGCCCACAACUACACAUGCUCAACUCGAAGCUUAAAUCGCACUGUGAAGGCUCACACUAUCCGGAUCACACUUCUUCCGAACGUGAUCCUCAACAACAUAUACGUUCGCAUUAGUUACAAUCAGAGAAUUAACAACGCUUAUCGACGAAGCAUAGGUGAUUAUGAAGACGAUUUUUGCCGAUUUUUAAAUGGAACUGUCAAGAGUCCUUUGAUAAAAAUCCUGUGGCCGUAUUUGAAAAAAACCAGUAAUUUGCGAGACCAAUGCCCUUAUUCAGGUGUGAUCAAUAUAACCGACCUUGUGUUUGGAGAGGAAUAUCUUCCACCCGCUCUCCCUGAAGGACAAGCAAGGCUGGAUAUUCACGUUCGAAAUGGUCCACAACGUGUGUCAGUUGCAAAUGUGAAAUUUUUUAUUGAAGUGAAACCAAAAGGUGCUGCUAAGCUGGAUUUCUAA